AUAGUGAAGGAACACAUAUCUUCAAAGAAGAUAGUCCUGAGUGUAGAAUACAGUUAACAAGUUGGAGAAUUACUGAACCCGUUGCUCGUGGCAAGAUGGUAAAGGCUGCUUUGUCUUUUCCGGUUCCUGAUAUGUUUAGACAAUCUCAAUAUGACCUCUCUUGGCAAGAGAAAAUCAUGAUUUCAUGGAUGCCAUUUGCAAUCUUGGGAUUUAUAGGAAAUGGAAUUGUUACCUAUUUUUUCUGGCACAGGCAAAAACGUUCUAGGUUUUUUCUGUAUUUCCAGAAUAUCACUAUAGCUAAUUUUUCAGUACUCAUCUAUGUAUUUGUAUAUUUUCAUAGGCUUUUUUUACGGUUAAGAAUCAAGAACUUUUUUGAACACAUUGUGCAGACACUGCAGUUAUUGGGAAACAACACCAGAUUCUAUCUCUUAGCAGCCACUUGUGUUGAAAGAUGGUUUCUUGUCUAUCGCCCAGUGUGGGUUAAACAUCGGAGGCCACAGUACACAUCAGCCGUGGUGGUUAGCAUUUUAUGGAUUGUGGCCAGCAUUACAUCCAUGGUGGAUCAUUUGGCCUGCUCUCCAGCAUUCUUCAUAACCACUUUUGAAUAUGAACUCUACUGCAUGUCUUUUACUGUCAUCAGGAUAAUUCUUGAGUUAGGACUUCUCAUCGCCAUUGUCUUUUGCUCUGCAGCCAUUUUGAAGAGAAGUCUAACACAGUCAAUGCCACCAGAAAGGCUUGAUGUCACCAUUUUAGCCACAGUCCUUCUGUAUCUUACAACUGACACACCUGAUAGAAUUGCUUAUGAGAUUUCUAUUUGGUUUGAUGACAUGGAUAUAUUUGCGUUAAUUUUAUUUACUCAGUUAUUUGACACCAUCAACUGUGCUGUUAUUCCAUUUAUAUUUUUCAUUGUUGGAUGUUGGAAGAAGCCCUCGGAUGAGCCAGUCAGCCUGUUUCUUGAAAGAGCUCUGAUGUUUGAAGAAAACAGGGUAGAAGGAACACCAGUACAAGAAGAGCAGGCCUGAAAGCAUUUAGAAUUUUAGAAGCCAAAUUCUUUUUACACUAAAAAAUACCUUAGUUAGCUAUUAAUGCCCUAAAGACAUGGUUCAUGAUGCAUAUCAAUUAAACAUUCCUUUUUCUGUA